AUGGCUUCUACUACUUCAGUGGCCAAGGAGGGACUGAAAUGGAACCAGCAUCAUGACUCCUCCGAUAACACCGCCAAAAUCGAUGUCCUCGAGCUCGAGGCCGCUGGCUAUACCCAAGCCAUGCCCCGCCAGUUUUCCAUCUGGUCUCUCGGCGCUCUCUCAUUCACCCUGACCUGCACCUGGCUCGGGUCCGGAGCGUCAAUUGGCAUUGGCCUGGCCGAAGCCUCGGGCGCUGGCGCUCUAUGGUCUCUGCUGGUAGCCGGCGUCAUGACCCUGAUAGUCUCUGCCGGAAUGGCAGAGUUGGCUUCUGCCUAUCCCGUGGCAGGGGCACAGUACUACUGGUCUUUCAUGGUGGCGAGCGAGAAGUACAAGCCAUUUGCGUCGUACAUAAAUGGAUGGAUGAGUAUCCUCGGCUGGUGGCUGGCGAUCGGCUCAGUGUCCAAUUUCGUUGCGUCGAUGAUAAUGCAAAUAGCCUCGGUCUGGUAUUCGUUCGAAACUCAACGCUGGCAACUGUACUUGCUAUACGUUGGUGUGAUUUGGCUGUCUGUGGCCAUGAAUAUUCUGGGUUCCAGGCUGCUCCCUUACUACAGCCAGCUCAUCUUUGUUCUGGCUGUCUUAACUCUUGGUUCUACCAUGAUUACGCUAUUUGUUGUUGCUCGAAACAACCAUGCGUCACCGUCCUUCAUGUUCACGGAUACCACCUCCCAGAGCGGCUGGUCAAAUGAAGGGUUCACGUUCUUGCUCGCCGUUGGCAACGCGGUAUUCGGCUACAUGGGUAGCGACUGUGGCGCUCAUCUCUGCGAAGAGAUCGCGAACCCUUCCAAGCACGUACCGAAAGUUAUCAUGAUGCCGCUGGUCAUGGGACUACUUACGGCGUUUCCCUUCGCAGCGUCGUUGAUCUACUCCAUUAAAGACCUUCCUGCUGUCCUGAGCGCGGAUAUGCCUCUGAUGGAAAUCUACUACCAGGGAACAGGCUCAUAUGUUGCUGCGUCAAUUUUGUUGGGCUUCUUCGCCUUUUGCAUGUUUGGCUGUGUAGUAGCUGUUGGCAAGUUGACAUUAACUCCAGCUACUUCGUGCGUUAUUCCGCAAGCCAUCCUGCUCUGCCGAAACCGCGACGAAGUCCUGCCUGAGCGCUAUUUCAGCCUUGGUAAAUUCGGCGUUGUCGUCAAUGUCAUCUCCGUCGCCUGGGUGGUCUUUUUGGAUGUGCUCUAUUGCUUCCCAGUCUUUAGACCUGUGACGCCCGAGAACAUGAGUUACGUUUCCGUUGUCCUCGUUGGCCUCCUUUCCAUUGUUGUAAUAAUUUGGUUCACCACGAAGAAGGGCAAAUUCACAGGGCCCAAAAUCAAUCUCGAGUUGAUGAAUGAGAGGCGGCGUGCUGCUCUGAACGCAGAACUUGGAGAAGAAGCCUGGGAGAAAGGCCAGCUAAGCCAAGGACGGUAA